AGUCAUAAUUCUGGAAGCAGAAUCAAAAUGACACAUACCUAACUAGACACAGCGCUUCUCAAUUAUUCAUUAAUACCACUUACAUAGUGAUCUAAUUUCACAGUCGUCGUGGAACACACAAAAUCAUGAUAAAUAAGAGUUCGUACAGUUUCCUUGAUCUCAUCCAUUUUACAAAACCACAAUCCCAUGGACCUGACAUAACUCCUCUAAGCCCAUCUCAUAAUUCCACACAAGAAUACCAAAUCAAUCUUAGAAACCACUUACUGAAUCGUCACACUGAGUCUCAAACACAAGUCACUAACUAAUCAUUCUGCAAGGUUUAUCAACUUCUUAUAAAGAUAAAUAUAAACUGACCUAUUACCCAACAUUUUUUUCUUCUAGGUAUUUCCCCAGGAGAAAUGGAAACAUUUCAGCUUUAUUCGUAACAUAUAAAACCUGGAAAUACAACAAAUGUUCACCAAGAGAAAAAUGAAUGAACAAAUUGUGGCAUAUUCACACAAUUGAAUGCUGUCCAUAAAUAAAAAUGAACUACACAACAUUAAUAAAGCUUACAAAACUAGGAUGUGCAAAAGGAGACAUAUGUGAUUGCAGAACUGACAAAACUAAAUUACGGCGACGUAUCCCAGAACUAUGGCGGUCUGUUGUGAGACUGACUGGAAAAGGACACCAGAGAACUUCCUGGCAGUGAUUGUAUAAAACCCGCACCAGGGCAGGCAUACACAUACUGAGCGUGUGCUCAGUGCCAGAUGACAUUCUAGGUGCUGGGGCUUUCUCAAGGGGCAAAACUGACAACAAAACUUGUCACUCUCUGGUUCACGACCACGGACCUGGGGUCCCGCACAUACAGGCCUGAGCGAAGAGAAGCCUCGACAGGCACCGGCUCCCAGUUCUCGCCUCAGCCAUUUCCGCCCAACCUGCGGUGCCCGAUCGCCCUCAGCACGGAUUUCCGAUUCCCUCCUUGGUCCUCCUCCACCAGGUUCCUGAUUCCCUCUUUUCUCCUCAGCGCUCUGGGUUUAGGGAUUCCGGUUCUCAGCCGGUCCUUCCCGACGCAGGCUUCUUCCGUCUUCCUCCUCGCCCCGCCUCCGGCAGGCUUCCGCUUCCCUUUUCCUUCUUUCCCCCACCCAGGUUUCCAAUUACUUCCUCGGCUGGGGCUCUAAUUCAACCCAGAGGAACCCUCGCUCCCAAAAAAUCAUCACCUGGCUCUUCGGCGUCUGAAGAACCGCCAGCGGCGGCCCUCCUCCGCCCAGGAGGAGCGACCCGCCCACCCUGGAACUCCCAGGAGUCUCCGGGGCGUGGCGCGGGCUUUGCGACCGCUGCCCUCCCCUUUGCGCUCGAAAACUUGGACGUUUUCAGUGUUGGACUACGUUUCCCACAGGCCCCAGGGCUACGAAUGAACUUCGACUUCUGUUCCCCUUCCGGUAUCGUCGUGGUUAUUGGGGCAUGCCUGUUCUGCAAGAGAAGCCCCCUGAAGUGGAGGAGAGCGUUGCCACUUAAAAACCCAUUCAAGACCACACAGUGGUACAGACUGUGAGAGGCAGCAUGAUAUAAUGGUAAUUGAGUCUAAAGCAGCACCUUCUGAUGGAAAUACAAUUUUUGACGGAGGAGCAUGUCAUCGGAGUUCCUCACACUGUCAUGGCAGAAAUGGAAUUCCCAGAGCAAUUCUUUACAGUUCUAAGCAUGGAUCAUGAAUUGGUGACAUUCAGGGAUGUGGUCAUCAACUUCUCUCAAGAGGAAUGGGAAUGUCUGGAUUCAGCUCAGAGGGAUUUGUAUUGGGAUGUGAUGAUGGAGAACUAUAGCAACUUGGUCUCACUGGAUUUGGAGUCCAAGUAUGACACAAAGACUAGAAAGGACAUCACUGGUUCUCAGUGGAAAGUCACAGAAAGUAAAUUCAUUGGUCUUGAGAGCUCCAUUUUCAGAAAUGACUGGCAGAGCAAAAGCAAGACUGAAGUACAAAGACCUGAACUGGGAUAUUUCAGCCAAAUGAAAAUCAACUCUGAAAAAGUGCCCAAUUACAAACAUCAGAAGUCUCUUAUAUCACAUCAGAGAAUUCAUGAUAGCAAGAAGCCCCAUGCAUAUAAGGAAUAUGGGAAGGUGCUUAGCUGUGACUUCAAUUUUGAUGAAUAUGAGAGAAUACAUACUGGUGAGAAAACAUAUCAAUAUAAUGCAUAUUGGAAAACCUUUGGAGAUGACCCACAUACCCUACAACUGAAUAUACAUAGUGGUGUGAAACCUUGUAAAUAUAUGGAAUAUGAGAAUGCAUUUAGUUUUUAUGAAGACCUUAGUAUACAGAAAAUGCAUGAUAAUCAGAAGUGCUAUAAAUGUAAGGAAUAUGAAAGGACCAUUAGAAGAGUUGAAGAAAUAACUCCACUUCAAAUAAUUCGUGAUGGUGAGAAACCCUAUGAAUGCACUUUCUGUGGAAAAUCCUUUAGAGUGCAUGCACAACUUACUCGACACCAGAAAAUCCAUACUGAUGAGAAACCUUACAAAUGUAUGGAAUGUGGCAAGGACUUCAGAUUCCAUUCACAGCUAACUGAACAUCAGAGAAUUCAUACUGGUGAAAAACCAUACAAAUGUAUACAAUGUGAGAAAGUCUUUAGAAUUAGUUCACAGCUUAUUGAACAUCAGAGAAUUCAUACAGGUGAGAAACCUUAUGCAUGUAAAGAAUGUGGGAAGACCUUUGGAGUCUGUAGAGAACUUGCUCGACAUCAGAGAAUUCAUACUGGAAAGAAACCCUAUGAAUGCAAGGCAUGUGGAAAGGUCUUUAGAAAUAGUUCAUCCCUGACUAGACAUCAAAGAAUUCAUACUGGUGAGAAACCCUAUAAAUGCAAGGAAUGUGGGAAAGCUUUUGGAGUAGGUAGUGAACUUACUCGACACCAGAGAAUUCACAGUGGUCAGAAACCUUAUGAAUGUAAAGAGUGUGGAAAGUUCUUUAGACUUACAUCAGCACUUAUUCAACAUCAGAGGAUUCACAGUGGUGAAAAACCUUAUGAAUGUAAAGUAUGUGGGAAGGCUUUCAGACAUAGUUCAGCCCUUACUGAACAUCAGAGAAUUCAUACUGGAGAGAAACCUUAUGAAUGCAAGGCAUGUGGGAAGGCCUUUAGACAUAGUUCAUCCUUUACAAAACAUCAGAGAAUUCAUACUGGUAAGAAACCCUAUGAAUGUAAGGAAUGUCUGAGUGCCUUUAGUCCUGAAGCAGAUCUCCUUCAGCAUGACCAGAUUCAUAGUAGAGAGAAACCUCAUGAAUGCAAUGAAUGUGGAAAAACCUUUAGCCUGAAGCAAAACCUCAUAGAGCAUAAGAAAAUGCAUACUGGAGAAAAAUCACAUGAAUGUACUGAAUGUGGUAAAGUAUUCUCUCGAGUCUCAUCCCUUACUCUACAUUUGAGAAGUCAUACAGGAAAGAAACCAUAUAAAUGUAAUAAAUGUGGAAAAGCCUUCAGCCAGAAAAGAAACUUCCUUUCUCAUCAGAAACAUCAUACCGGAGAGAAACUUUAUGAAUAUGGGAAAGCUUCUAUUCAGAUGCCAGGCCUCAUUAAACACCAGAGAAAUAAUACUGGAAACAAACCCUAUGCAUGUAAGGAAUGUGGAAAGGCCUUCAAUGGCAAAUCAUAUCUCACUGAGCAUGAGAAAAUUCAUACGGGAGAGAAACCAUUUGAAUGUAAUCAAUGUGGAAGAGCCUUCAGCCAGAAGCAAUACCUCAUUAAACAUCAGAAUAUCCACAGUGGAAAGAAACCCUUUAAAUGUAAUGAAUGUGGAAAAGCCUUUAGCCAGAAGGAAAACCUCAUUAUCCAUCAAAGAAUACAUACUGGAGAGAAACCUUAUGAAUGCAAAGGGUGUGGGAAAGCUUUCAUUCAGAAGUCAAGCCUCAUUAGACACCAGAGAAGUCAUACAGGAGAGAAACCCUAUAUAUGUAAAGAAUGUGGGAAAGCCUUCAGUGGCAAAUCAAAUCUCACUGAGCAUGAGAAAAUUCAUAUUGGAGAGAAACCCUAUAAAUGUAAUGAAUGUGGAACAAUCUUUAGGCAGAAGCAAUACCUCAUUAAACAUCACAAUAUUCAUACAGGAGAGAAACCCUAUGAAUGUAAUAAAUGUGGAAAAGCCUUCUCUCGAAUCACAUCACUCAUUGUACAUGUGAGAAUUCAUACGGGUGAUAAACCUUAUGAAUGUAAAAUAUGUGGGAAAGCCUUCUGUCAAAGCUCAUCUCUUACUGUUCAUAUGAGAAGCCAUACAGGUGAGAAGCCCUAUGGUUGUAAUGAAUGUGGGAAAGCCUUCUCUCAGUUCUCAACUCUUGCUCUACACAUGAGAAUCCAUACUGGAGAAAAACCUUAUCAGUGUAGUGAAUGUGGGAAAGCUUUUAGCCAGAAGUCACAUCAUAUUAGACACCAGAGAAUUCAUACUCACUAAAGCUCUAUGAAUGCCUUGAAUUUAGGAAAACUUUCAUCAGAACUCACACUUUAAUGGUAUACUGAAAAUUCAUUUUAUAAUAAAGUGACAUGAAUGUGGAAAAUACUUCAACAACUCAAAACUUAAAUACUAACAAUUUUAAUAAGUAUCAUAGAUAGUAUCAUGAAAACCUGUACUCCCAGAACUCCCACAACAAACAUUGUUAAUGAUAUACUUUUAGGAGCAUUCUCAUCGACGUAAGGAUCCAGUCAUGAACACUAAUCAGCAUGGUUCUGGAAGGCCUACCUGAUGCAUUAAGAGGUAUAAAGAUUUGACAUUAAGAGACAAAACUGUCAUUUAAAAAAUGUUUCGCUAUAUAUGUAAUCAAAAUUAUUUGUUCUUGAUUCAUUUGUAGAAAUCAGAUUGGAACAGAAUAUUGUAUUCAGAAACAUGCAUGCCUUUUUGGGGAAUUGUUAAUUGAUAGAGGUGGUAUCACAGGUUGGUAGAGAAAUGAAAUCAUGGAUGAUUCAAAAAUGGUCUCAGGGUAACUGACUCUUCAUGUGGGAAAAUAUUAGAUCUCUGCUGUAGUAAUACAUUAAAGUAUUUAUUAUGAAAUCCAAAUGUAUUGAAGACUAGAAUGCAAAAAGCAAAAUUUAGUAAUAUAAGAAUUUUAUAGGAGAGUGUUUUUAAAACCUUGGGGUAGGAGGGAAUUUCUAAAAUAGAUUCCAGGAUACUCACUCUUGAGUAUACAUGCAUAUCCCCAAGAAACUGAUACAUGUACCUAGGGAGUCAUGUAUCUUUAUGUUCAUUGAAGCAUGAAUUACAUUAGCAAUGGCUGUUGCUUGUGAAAUGGAUAAUAAAAUGUGAUAUAGGCACACAGUAGAAUGUUCUCUAGUAGUGAAGUAUAACAGGUGAUAUAUAUAUAAAUAUAGUAACAGAGAAAGACCUGAAAAGUCAUGUAGAGUAAAAACAAUGAAGGGAUAAAUAUAAUCAUAACUGUGAAUAUUAAGUCAACACUAACAAACACUAGUAUUAAGCACUGAUUAUGGAUAAACAUUUUUAUGUAAAACUGAAGAAUGGAUUGUUAAGAUACACAAUUUCCAAAGGUGGUUGCCUCUAGAAAGAACGGUAGUGGAAAAGAAAUGGGACCAAGCAUGGUAGUUAAAGGAUACUUCAGUUUUGUAUCUAAACACCUAUCAUAAAAAGAAAUAAAGAUUCCAAGUAAAUAUGACAAAAUGUUCGUUACCUCUGGGUUGUGGUAGUAAUGUGUUCUAUUGUUUGUGCUAUUUCUGAAAAUUAAAAAAGAUAAAAAGUAGGAAAGCUGUACAUGGAGUACAUGUAAUAACAGACUCACAAUCCCAGAAACUAAUAUUUUAUAGGAAAUAUUUCUAAAAUCAUAUCUUUACUAUAAGUCAUUUUUUAAAAUUGGGAUGGUAGCUUAAUUUAAAUUUACUCUUGCAUGUGACAUCACUAAUCUGUUUGAUCUCUACUUAGAAGUUAUAGCAUUUGAUUGUGCAGCAGGUUGGUAUUGUAUACAUUUAAGGAUCAUACCAUACCAUUUAAUAAUACACGGACAGACUUGAUAUUAAGAAUUGGUUUCUACUGAAACAUUUAUCAGAAACUUUAAAAGUCCAUAUAACCAGUAUUGGCAUUAAGGAUUUGGUAUUUUAAAAUGAGGAAACCAGGUUACCCUUAAUUUUUAAAUAUGCCACUGAGUAAAAUGUCAACUCUUGCAUUUCACCUUCAGUUUUAACUUCAAGACAUUUUUUUUCUCUGUUCUGCCAAAUAUACUCAACCAACCCCCCCUGUUUGUUUCUUUGGGGAAAAUGGUGCUAAAAAGGAGAUCAGAGACCUAAACAAUAUCCUUUUAUUUGAAGCAAAUCUUUUUGAGGAUUUUUGUUUACUUGGUCCCUUUCCACAACAACUUGACAUAUAAAAAGUUGUUAGUGUUCUUUUUGAAUAGUGAUAAAAAUGUGCAUCCAACAUUUAAACCUUAGGCAUAUUUCAAAUAUAUCAAUUUCUUUUAAAUUCAAAAUAAUGAAACGCUAAUAGAACCAUACUACUAUACUGCUUGUUAAUGGUUUUGAAGGUUAGUCUUGAGAUAAGAUUAUAAAUGUCAGGGAUUGAUUUCCUGGGGUAAUAUACCCAAAUAACAUGUAUAUCUACAAGAGUCUAAAUUAUCCUCUAUUUUCUUCCAUUCCUCAUUAAGCACUCCCUCGUAUUUCUUAAGUGUUUUGCUUGCCUUUGAGCUUGUGCAGCUUUGAAGUCACCAGAACAACUAAGAACUCUCAAUUCAGACCAAACUAGGAGGAUUACCUUUUGGUGCCUGUAGUUGGCUAGGGCCAAGGUGCAACAACAAUAAAUAGGAUAUCACAAAGAGUAAGGUGAGUAAUAUCUGAGUACUAUCACAGAUAUUUUGACAUUUGACUAUAAGUAGUGUCAAAUUUACUCUGACAUCCCCCCAUUAAUUCGACUUUUUGCUAGUUAUUUGCCACCACAAACAAUACUACAGUAAACACUCUUAAAAUCAGACCUUAAAUUUCAGAUGUUUUUAUUUCUAGGGGAUAGGUUACAGGCCAGAGAGUGUUAGAUCAAAGGACAUAUGCCAUUAUUUUAUUGUAAUAGAUGCUGUCAGUCAUUUUCAAAAACACAACUUUCCUCUAACCCUGCAACAGAUGGUAACAUACUACUUAAAUUCACGUUUGUCUGAUGAGUGUAACCACUUGCUCCUAGCUUCUUUGUAAAUUUUCAUAUUGUUAGCUCAUUUUGAAGUCCUCUUUAUGUAUUAGACAUUAGGAAUUUGUCUAAUUUUUGUCAUAAAAAAUGAUUUUUCCAUAAAAAUACCCUAAAUUUCUCUGUAACUAGAUAUGUAUUAAUUUUUUCUAAGCUGAUGGAUUGGUUAAGAAGAUAUUUUAAUCUCUAGAUUGUAGAUUUCUUAGGUUUUCUUGCAAGUUGUUUAAUGUUUGCAUUUUUCAAUAUGUAAAUAUUAGUCCAUUUAGAACUUAAUUUUUAAUGUCAUAUGAAAUGAGGAUUCCUUGUUAUUUUCUUCCAGGUGGGUUUCCAGUUAUACAAGCACAAUUUGUUAAAAUAACCCAUCUAUUCAGCAGCCAGUCACACAGUUCUGACACCAACUUGUGGUGUCCACCAGCAGCAAUCAAAGAUUUGAACCAGCAAUCAAAAAAAAAAAAAAACAGAACAGCCUUUAACAAAGUUUAUUAUUAGCCUUCCCUGACACACACACACACAAACCAAACUACAAAAAACAAAAUCGCCUUCACAAUACUACAACUGCCCAAGCAAGCACAGCUUCCAGGGCCUCUGCCCUGCUCAGGGGAGAGGAGGUCAGCACGGGUGUGGUUCACCUAAGCACUGGGAAACAACAUUCUCAUCCAGGACGUCUUAUGAUAACCCAGUACUGCAACUGCAUGGUGUGCCCCCAUGCAGCACACCCAGUUGUAAGACUGAUACCCACUUAAGCACAGGGAAGCUGCUGCCUUGGUUUCCCAAGACUUACGAUGCCUUAGUCACAUAGGCUGUCGGUGUCUACAUGCCAAGUCACAGCACCCCCUAUCCCCAUCCAGGUACAGGAUACACAUGAGGAAUCUACAGUAGUAUUUUCAUCAAGGAAACUGGUAGAAAAUCAAAUCUAAGGUCAUCUUUCCAGACAUGGGUCAGGGGGAGAGUCCUAUUAAUUCUUUACCAAUACCAUCCUUUCCUGUUCAACUGAAACUCAGCUAUGUAAUCCUUUAACCACGUGAUUUUUUCCUCAUUCAAGUGAAACUGCCUUGUACUUUCAUUUAUACCAAGACCUACUUUCUGUAUUCUCUUCUUUCACUAAUCUAUUUUUCUACUUCUAUACUAAUACCAUAUUAAUUGAUAAAUUGGUUUAACAUUAGCCUUAUUGUAUUUUGAUACUGCAUAAUAGACCAACUCCUCCUUGCUGUUUUUCAUAGUUUUAUUGGCUAUUCUAAGUUAAUUUUCUUCCUAUAUAAAUGAAGACUGUUCUCAAAAUACAAAACCCUUUGAUAUUCUAGUUGGAACUGCAUUAAAUUUAUAUAUUUAUUUUGGGAGAAAUGACUUUUUUUUUACUUUAAGUCUUUCUGACCCAAAUCAUAGUGUGCCUUUGCAUUUGUUCAGACUGUAAUCAUGUCUUUGAGCAUGAGGGUCCUAAACAAAGUAAUUUGAAUGCCAUCCCUGCUUAAUAUAUUUUGAAAAGUUUGUCAGUUCGGUGAAUGAGGAGAAUCCCUAUUAUGAACUAAACGUUUGUAGUCUACUCAGAAUUCAUACUUUGAAGCCCUGAUCCCCAAUGUGAUGGUAUUUGGAGAUGGGGCUAUAAGGAAGUAAUUAGGUUUAGAUUAGGUCAUGAGGGUGGGACACUCAUGAUGGGAACAGUACCCAUAUGUAGAGGUGGAAGAGAGAGACUGUAAGAAGAGAUUUCUUUCCCAAGUGUAUACACUGCGGAAAGGUCAUGUGAGUGUAGCACAGGUAAGAAAGCAGCUGUCUACACCAGGAAUUGGACCUUCACCAGGAUUUGCCAGCACUUUGAUGUUGGGAUUUCCCAGCCUCUAGAACUGUAAGAAAUAAAUGUCUGCUAUUUAAACCACCCAGUCUGUGGUAUUUUGUUAUAAUGCCUGAGCUAAGACAAUCCCUUUUCUGCUUAAUUCUCCUGUGCUCCUCAUACGUAAGACAAAAGCACUUUUAAUUAGGAGAGUAAAAUCCCAACUACAUUAUUAAUAAGUUCUGUAAUUUUUAGCAAUUUAUAAAACUUCCCCCACCUUAUUCAUUU